GCCAGCGCCGGGGUUUAAAUGGCACCAAGCAGUUGGCGCGGGGAGAGGGAGCAGCCGUCCCCGGGCCGCGCACACGUCCCCGAGCCGCCCAUGGAGCUCUUCGAGACCAACGCGUACUUCUUCCCGGAGCAGAGGUUUUUCGAUGGGGAAAGCUUCCUGGGCUCCCGCCUGCAGGCCUUCGAGCCCGCGGCGCUCCCCGAGCGCGCCCCGUGCGCCGAGGGCAGGGCGGCUCCCGGGGACGCGGAGGCGGCGGCCGGGCGCUGUCCCGGGCAGUGCCUGCCCUGGGCCUGCAAGGCGUGCAAGCGGAGAUCCGUGUCCCUGGACCGGCGGCGCGCGGCCACGCUGCGGGAGAAGCGGCGGCUCAAGAAGGUGAACGAGGCGUUCGAGGCUCUGAAGCGCAGCACCCUGCUGAACCCCAACCAGCGGCUGCCCAAGGUGGAGAUCCUGCGCAGCGCCAUCCAGUACAUCGAGCGGCUCCAGAGCCUGCUCAGCUCCCUCAACCAGCAGGAGCGGGACCAGCGGGACCUGCGCUUCCACCCCCAGCCCGCCGCAGCCAGCGACUGCGGAUCCGGCAGCUCCUCCUGCAGCCCCGAGUGGAGCAGCCAGCUGGAGUUCGGCACCAGCCCUGCAGAUCACCUCCUGGCUGACGAGGCAGCCGAGGAGCGCAACCUGCACUCGCUGUCGUCCAUCGUGGAGAGCAUUGCCGUGGAGGACGUGGCCGUGACAUUCCCGGAGGAGCGGGGCCAGAACUGAGCUGGCACAAACCCCGGCGGGCUCCUUGACAUGGAAACGGGGUGGGAAUGAGGUGCCAGAGGGGUCCAGCCGCUGGAAAUCACAUCCACCCCUCCAGUGCCACAGGCUGCCACCGCUCGGCUCCCUUCCCUCUCCUUGUGGAGCGCUCCUGCUGGGCUGGAAGAACAGGCAGAGGUGGGAUGGGGCAGUGCCAGGGCAGCUGCAGGUCCUGGAGGGGCUUCCUGGGGCCAGGCCCUGCUCCAGGCUUUGCUCCAGGCCCUGCUCCAGGCCCUGCUCCAGGCCC